AACGGGGCUGAGAGGCUCUUCGCAGAGCGGCUGAAGAUGAAUGCCAGAGGACUUGGAUCUCAGCUAAAGGACAGUAUUCCAGUUACUGAACUUUCAGCAAGUGGACCUUUUGAAAGUCAUGAUCUUCUUCGGAAAGGUUUUUCCUGUGUGAAAAAUGAACUUUUGCCUAGUCAUCCUCUUGAAUUAUCAGAAAAAAAUUUCCAGCUCAACCAAGAUAAAAUGAAUUUUUCCACGCUGAGAAACAUCCAGGGUCUAUUUGCUCCACUAAAAUUACAGAUGGAAUUCAAGGGAGUGCAGCAGGUUCAGCGUCUUCCAUUUCUUCCAAGCUCAAACUUUUCACUGGAUAUUUUGAGGGGUAACGAUGAGACUAUUGGAUUUGAAGAUAUUCUUAACGAUCCAUCACAAAGUGAAGUAAUGGGAGAACCACACUUGAUGGUGGAAUAUAAACUUGGUUUACUGUAAUACACUAUGCUGUUUGUGAAAAUAGAGGGGCUGCAUCUUGUUUAUAGUUGUCUUUUUACUGUAAUUUGAUGUAUACAACAUUAAAAGUACUGACAUGA